CUCUGAGCGAGAACAAUUAAUGAGUUUUCUUAGUAUUUAGUACAAAGAAAUUUUACCUGUUUCCCCAAAGUUCCUACAGCAAAAUCCUCGACCAGAGUUCUGUGUUAAUACCUUAUCCACCACCAUCCUGAUAGAGUCCAUUUAACAUAGAUUUACUGCUGCAAAAGAACUUACAUUUCCUUUUUUUUUUGCGUAUCGUCGUUUUAACAUUGAAUGUGUGUUGGUGUGGGAGAGAAAAAGUCCAGAAUACAACCCAAAAUAGCCUGCUUAUUUAGAUUUCACCUUAUUCUAUUGCAAGCAUUACAUAUAUAUCAUAGAUAGUUUUUAAAGGCUUGACUAGCAUAUUCAAAAAGAAACUAUCAGCAUGACCACAAACAACUCGACCUCGUUUGACGAGUUCUUUUCCGAUGAUAAUUUCUACAGUGCAUCCAUUACAAAUUCUACCAACAACCAUGUUAACAACUUGAGAAAUUCAAUUCAUAUUAAAUAUUCCGCGUCAUCUAGAUCAAUAAGGGACUCAUUACUAGAACCGAACAGUACUACAACCACUACCAAAGCUCAGAAUCAAGCAAAUACACGAACAUCGUUCAUGAAGGCCUCUCCAUCGAUUAAAGCAUUAGAGAAUAUUCUUAAUGAGAAAAGCAAAGGGUGGACCAACCCAAAUGCUGCCAUGACUGAGUUGAAGGAGGAAGAAGAGGAGGAGGAGGAUCAAGAAAAAGAUAAACUCAGCUCUAGUAAUCUUUUGGCACCUUCGUUUGUUUAUCAUAACAAUGAAACUCACUCAGUGCAAACUUUUGAAACCGCACAUGAAUCAAUUAAUAAACCCGAACCUAAAGCACAUGAACCAGCUCGUCGAUCCGUGUCUACCGAGGAUGACUUCGGUUAUAGCACUGAUGAAACACCUGUUUUACAACAACCACCCACGUUUCAAAAUUUCACACCACAUUCAAAUAACUCACCACAAUUGCGAUUUAUUGAAACUGCAGGUCAAGUUGCAGCCCCAAAAACCGAUUCUUCUAAGGAAAACGUAAAUACUAAUAUAGCAAUUACAACUGCUUCAUCCAGCAAUGGUAAAAAUAGCACAAACGGAACCAACAAAGAAACCGGCAAUAAAUCGCUGAAUUGGGCAAGCGGCUUAAAUUCUAAAAAUACCAACAAUAGAGAUCAGGAAAAUUAUUCCAAUACGCCGAGAUUUAUAAAAAUGCCAAACUACCCCCCUUCUCCGCCACCUCCGCCACCUCCGCAGAGCUAUAAGUCAUUAGUAUCAUCCCAGUUGGAUCUGCCAGUUCUGUUUCCCCCACCACCCACAAUGUCAGCUCUUGUUUCGUCCCCCUCGGCACCUAGUCUCACCGGAAUGAAUGCGAGCCCUGCACUUAGCAACCACCAGAAAUAUCCGCUCACCAAUAGUCCGUUGUACACUACCAACAAUAAUUCCCAAAACAUACCACGAGUGAGUACAAGUACGGCCAUCACUGCACAACGUCCCAAGCAACAACAUAAACAAUCAUCCAGUUCGGUGAGUUCACAAUCAAUUUUUUCUAAAGCGAAUAGUACCAAGGGGUCAAAUAUUACCGAUACCCCUACCGAACUUAAAAAACCAAAAAGUAUGUUGGAUAUACCUAAUUCACCAAGGGAACCCCCGGUUACAAAAUCGCCUCACCAAAGAUCCAAUUCCUCGUUUUCCUUGAACUUUAAAAAGGCUGCUACUUAUGCGAACCCAAUGGAUAAACCGGCAACUCCGAAACCAUUGAACAGAAAGAGUCAAACUUUUGAUGAUUUAAAGAGUUUUACCCAGCAACAACAGUCGCUGUCAAGUGCUGCUCCGGAAAAGAAGAAAUUCAGUUUCAAGUCAUUAUUUAAGUCUAAAUCAAAGAAUCAUGCUUUGAAUGAACAAACUCGUGAAGUUCAACCACCAGCUGAACCCAAGAAGAUCCGUUCCAAAUCAUUCUCCACAUCCAAUAUUGCCAUGUUUAACGAAGUUGAAGAGAAGCCACAAAAGCCAUCAUUUAUCAAUGUGUUUAAGAAGAAUAGAUCCUCGGAUAAUUUGGCCAAGAUUGGGUCCAAUGCAGAAAAGAGUUCAGAACCAGUACCACAACCCCCGGCUCAAACACGCACCAGUAAAGACGUUGAGUCAUUCGAUUCCCGUCCUUCCAAAGCUCAUUCUGCUAAUAUGAUUCGUGAAGUCAGUGAUGAUGAUGUACGUGUUGUGACUGAUGAAGAACCAACAGCCAUACAUGAAGGAUCAGAUGAAGAAGAGUAUGAUUCCAAGAAUCUUUUGCAUAAUCCACCUCGUAAGCUCACGGGCGGUAACAAGUUUGGUGAAGAAAUGACGUUCCUGAUUCCACCUUUGCUUACUGAUUCUCCCUUGGGGUCUCCAUUCCAAAUUGAUUUGGAUACAUCGCCUCGACUUGGAGUCGUCAGUAAAACACCCAUUGACAGUCUUGUUUCAUCGGGGAAAAAUUCACCUGGUCCUUCAGGCAAGAAUCUUGAAGCUAAUCUCUUAGGAGAAGCCUUGUUUCCUAAAUCACUUAAUCCCCAAGAAGUUGAGAGUAUCGUUACUUUAGAAAGAUCAAUGUCGAUGAAAUCAGUCAAGUCUAAACGAAGUUCGUUUGUCAAUGGUAAUAAUGAUGAACAUGUGGUUCAAUAUAAUGGACCAGUGCACACUCCCGGUGGUAUUUCUCGAUCAAACUCAAUUUUGAAGAACUCGACCAGUUGGAGAAAUAAUUUGAGUCAAGAAUUGGCCAGUGUGGAUGGCAAGCUUGCUAGUGCCAAUACCUCAGCAGUUAAGCCUGAGAAUGCCAUCUUUGCUGCUAGUAAUAAUGAUAGUAUGGUUGAUGAUCUUUUGGAAUUUAGUGACUUUAUUGAUGUUGAUAAUUUAAGUUUCUCCAAUUCUCCAAAGUAUAUCACCCGACCAGGAUCAGCUACACCUGUGCAAGCAUCGCCAUUAGAGGAUAGAUUCCCAGUGCAAGCAUCAUCUCCAUUAGCUGAGAGGUUCCCUAAGGAAGAAAAGGCCAAACCCAUCAUACCUGAAAUUGUCACUACUGAUACGUCUAAGGAUGAUACUGCUUCUCCGAACAUAAGUGAAUCACAGACACCUUCUCCAUCAAUGGAACAUGUCAUGCCUAAAUCAAGUUUGGAAGAGGAGCCUGAGUUUGAAGAGAAGCAUAGCGGGUUAACCAAUACAAUUACUGAAAAGAGGGAUGAUAAGAUAGAAGAAGAGAAGAAGGAGCGCGAUGAGAAAGAUGAAGAUUCUAAUGUUCUUGAACAAUCACCGAUUUUGGAAACAGCAAUCAGAAGUGGCAGUGCCAAAUUCAACAAUCGUCCAAUUUCCAUGUCAUUUAAAGGGUUGAAUGCGCCUUCCUUCUCAGGUAAAUUGAACCAACAAACUUUGAGAAAUAGCGAAUCGCAUCAAUCUUUUACGAUAUCUAUAGGUGAUGAUGAAUCUUCAUCUGUUGGUGGAGGUUUUGGUUCUAGCGAUGGCGAAGACGACGACGACGAUGAUGAUGAGGACGAUAAUGUUCUGUUUGAUAAUGAAGAUGAGGUGUUCCAUUUAACACAAGCACCUGUGCCUCCAGUAGUGGCACGUACUACCACACCACCUCCACUCCCACCAAAACCACGAUUCCGUCCAGGUAGUAUGAUUCCACCUGCAGUUAAAUUCAGUCAUAACAAGAUCCCAUCAAUCUCGGACCAAUCAUCAAUAAAUUCAGCAUCGUCGCCUCGAUCAAUCACGUCGAUGAUGAGGUGGAAGAAGACCAGUCCUGUUAACCCCAAGAUGAAUGGCGUGAGAUUCAGUUCGAGAAUCAUCUUGUAUGACACGUAUAAUGAGGAGGAGUAUGAUCGUCACCCUGACACGGCCACAUGUAAUCAAUUGACACCGAUCUUGGCCCAGCAGAUUAAGGAAGAGUUGAAUACUUUCAAGAGCGAGAUGGAUAUCCAUGUUGAAUCAAGGUGUUACACUCAUUUCUUUUAG